AUCUGUCCUAUGGUCCCAUCGACUGCAUUCGUCCAAGGCGCGCAUCUUGUAUUCCACUUUAAAGCCAGGCUUGCACCUGUCAUAUUCUCGGAGCUGCACAAGUCAUCAUGAAGACUCUCCCCUGAUCAACUGACGCAUUCGUUCCUGUCAGCGUCACCGCCAGACCACAAUACCACGGCCAUUCUUGCCUGGAAACAGGACCAUCCAACGCCGACUGGCCACUGACCUUCCUUACCUGCUCGUGUCUGUGCGUCCUGCCUAUCUCAUCCACGCCAAGCCUCUGUACCGGAGACCUUUUAAACAUUGUGGUUGUCCCCCAUUUCCCAUACUCCAGUAUCGUCUGAAUAAAUCAACCUUUCAGAUUCACUUCCUUUGGCCCUCCUCCGACAUCAAACUCGUUACCACAGCACCGUCACCAUUGCUACCAGGCUCGUCCUUCGGGUGCUUCAGCCUCGCUUCGCAGUUACCAAGUCUGUCUCGUUCACGACUACCACAGCCAUGGCCACUCAGCUCGAAAAGAAAGUGAUCCAACCUGGGAACAAAACUGACUACCCAAAGACUGGCGAUGAAGUCACCAUCCAGUAUACCGGCUGGCUACAUGAGCCUUCCAAGGCCGCCAACGGAUACAAGGGCAAGCAAUUCGACAGCUCUGUUGGCCGUGGAGAUUUCAAGACUCAAAUCGGCGUUGGACGGGUGAUUCCAGGCUGGGACCAGGGCGUUCUUCAGAUGUCAUUGGGAGAAAAGUGCACUUUGACCAUUCCUGGACGCAUGGCAUACGGCGACAGGGGUUUUCCUGGCUUGAUCCCUCCGGACGCAACGCUGAUCUUUGACGUCUAUCUCAAGGGCAUCAAUAGCAAGAAGAUAUGAUUUGAGUCCGUGGCUUAUGUAGCCAGAAAAUGUGCGUCAGGAUAGUGUCAUCAUUGAGAGGGGUGGCAUGCUGCAUUGACAGGUUUCAUAUGCUAAAGUAAUGUUGCUUUUGGCGUUUUGUAGGAGCAAGAGUCUAGUGACAAUGGCUCUGACCUGGUUAUGGGUCGAUUCCACGUGGUGGAGAGGUUGUCAAUAUCUGUCGUCCUUAGCAGGCAGAGAGGGCAAACCCCACUUACGAAAUGGCGGUCUUACUAGUACUCGUAUCAGCAUGGCAAAAUGGGAAUGGUACACGCAGCUCUAUUAUGGAGUAAUGCCCCAGGCUAUGUGCUGGUCCUGGUCUAUGUGAGUGGACAUCUCGUUUGUUUCUGCAUAAACCCUGCGUGCAGCACCUACCAGUAGAC